AUGGUGUCGAGCCAAUGGGGCUAUGCAUCGGUACCGGCCUCACCUGCCAUGAACCAUUUCCUCGAUACGAACCAUGCUCAUCUCGCCUCCUAUGGACUUAAGAUGUCGCCGCAGCCGGCAUGCGGCGUCGGCCCGCAGCACCGUGCGGCUGCGCCGCAUCCGCCGCCACACCACCCACCUCCCUACCAGCCGUACUCUCUACACCCGUACCAGGCGGGAUACUUACGAGAAUAUGGUGGAUGUGGUGAACUAUUCGCCCAGCAACAAUUAGAACAGGGGCACUGGGAUUGGCGUGGAGAUGUACAUUAUCAGGGUGGAGUUUCACCAAUCGUUCCUCACACACACGGCAAUGCACCGCGGGUAUUUUAUCGGUAUGCACGCGCACCACCACGACGAGACAUGCGUUGCCAAUGGCUUGACCCCGAACAACCUCCACCGCGAAAACUGUGCAAUAAACUGUUCUCAAGUAUGCACGAAAUAGUUACGCACUUAACAGUGGAGCACGUCGGUGGGCCGGAGUGUACAACACAUGCUUGUUUUUGGCAAGGCUGCUCGCGAAAUGGAAGGCCGUUUAAAGCAAAGUAUAAACUGGUGAAUCAUAUACGCGUUCAUACAGGAGAGAAGCCUUUUCCGUGUCCCUUUCCAGGUUGCGGAAAAGUAUUCGCUAGAUCGGAAAAUCUCAAGAUACAUAAAAGGACUCACACAGGUGAGAAACCAUUCAAGUGUGAGUACGCGGGCUGCGAUCGUCGGUUUGCAAAUUCUUCAGAUAGAAAGAAACACUCACAUGUGCACACGUCUGACAAACCCUACAACUGCCGCGUGCACGGCUGUGACAAGUCAUACACACAUCCUUCAUCACUACGAAAGCAUAUGAAAGUGCACGGAGCUGCAGGUGAAGCUUCUGAACGCUACGACAGUGACGGAGACGAUUCUUCAUCUGCGGGUAGUGUAAGCGUAACUGCUGGAGCUGCCAGUCCACCAGUUCCUAUACCUUCACAACCCACAAUGUCUCUAGCACCAUCUCACCACCCGCAACAUCAUCCUACUAUAACAGAUAAGUUAGAAAGCCUUAAUGACAAGUACAUCACGCCUCAUGACCAAAAAUCUUAUGAAAGACUACCCGCGCCUCCUCAUCACAACCAAACUUCACACCUCACAAAUAUAGGUGGUAAUGGUAUGAUGGAGAAUAAAAUUGGCUUCGGGGGUCACUGGAGUCAGUUUCAGCAGCCUACCCCCGGAGUUCCUCACGCCGUGUCAGACUGGUGGUGUCCUACCCAAGAGUCCUAUCAUCACCAUCAUUUGAUGCAUCAUUCUGGUGCCGCUGCUGCUUAUUGA